UGGACCUCCGGUUCUACUCUGCUGCAAUGGGCGAACGGGUCCAAACUUCGGCGCAUACUCUCCGUUUCCUUGAUCAAUGAGGCAAACCUGUCUCGGGUGCCGACAGGGGUAGUCGUGCCCAUUCCACCACCAUACCCAAGGUUCCUAUAUAAGAUAUUAGUUUGUCGUGCUUAAUCCAACCAUCAAAACCAUCAUUCUCUUUUCUUUCAUCCCCAUUCAUUCUUUCUUUCUCCCCACACUCUUUUGCUCUGUUGAUCAUGAAGUACACAACUCUCUUCGCCGCUGCUGCGGCUGUUCUAGCGAACUCGGUUAAUGCUGGCGUCGUCGGUGCCGCUCAGGGUUUCGCCAAGGGAGUGACCGGAGGAGGCUCGGCUGCGGAAGUGUAUCCCAAGACCAAUGAUGAGCUGGUCUCUUACUUGGGUGACAGCCAGCCCCGUGUCAUCGUCCUGGACAAGAUCUUUGAUUUCACCGGCACUGAGGGUACGGAGACCACCAGCGGCUGCAGCCCCUGGGGGACGGGCUCCACGUGCCAGCAGGCCAUCAACAAGGAUAACUGGUGCAACAACUACGAGCCUAAGGCUCCCAAGGUUUCUUCCAUCACCUAUGAUAAGGCUGGUGUUCUCGGGAUCACCGUGAACAGCAACAAAUCGCUCGUUGGUAAGGGCUCUGCUGGAGGGAUUAAGGGCAAGGGUAUUCGCAUGGUCAGCGGCGCCAAGAAUAUCAUCAUCCAGAACAUUGCCAUCACCGAUAUCAACCCCAAGUACGUCUGGGGUGGAGACGCCAUUACCUUGAAUAACGCCGAUCUGGUCUGGAUUGACCAUGUUACCACUGCCCGUAUCUCUCGUCAGCACAUUGUCCUGGGUACCCAGGCCGACAACCGUGUCACCAUCUCCUAUAACCUGAUCGACGGCCGCUCCGAUUACUCCGCCACCUGCAACGGCCACCACUACUGGGGCAUCUACCUCGAUGGCUCCAACGACAUGGUCACUCUCCAGGGCAACUACUUCUACUACUUGUCCGGUCGCAUGCCCAAGGUUCAGAGCAACACCCUCUUGCACGCUGUCAACAACCUCUUCCACAACAUCCAGGGCCACGCUUUUGAGAUUGGCCAGGGCGGUUACGUCCUUGCGGAGGGCAACGUCUUCCAGAACGUCGACGCCCCCGUGGAGUCCCCCAUGUCGGGCGCUCUCUUCAGCUCGCCCGAUGCCAACACCAACAAGCAGUGCCAGGCCUACCUGGGCCGCAGCUGCCAGCUCAACGCUUUCGGUAGCUCCGGCACGAUGAGCGGCUCCGACACCAGCAUCCUGAGCAAGUUCAAGGGCAAGAACAUUGCCGCUGCUCGUGCCCCCACCAACAUCGCCAGCUGGACCAUGGCCAACGCCGGUGUUGGCCACGUCUAAGACGUCGUCUCGCAAUGAUGAAACUGGGAAUAAGACGGUCGUCUCCUUGGGACCCUGUUGGGACCU